UUUGAUAUUAAUAAAUUUGGUGCGAGGCUGUAGACAUUUGUCUGGAAUUAAAUAUUUUUUCUCAAACGAUGCCACGUCGGUCGAAAGUCGAAUUUCGUACUCCCAAGAAGGGCAAGAAGAAGCGCAGAAGGAAUUCCAAGCGUUUUGACAGUGCCCCAGUGCCUGUAGGUCAAGAAAUAAAAGAAGUCGUGCAAGAAGACACCUCCUCGGAACUUAUUUUGUCCUGGGCCCCGAUUUCAGAACGAUGGCCAGACGAGUUUUGUCUUGAGGGUGUCGUAUUAAAUUUUGGUAUCCAGGGGAACAUCGAACCCAUCCACAUGAAAUCCGACGCGGAGCUCAUGCCUCCACCAAAAUCAUGGAUUGUACCCAAGGCCCGAAUGAAAGCUUUGGCAUAUUAAAUUAUUAGAACCACCCGAUGGGAACUCUAAAAAACCUAACUCUAACAUUUAAUUUUGCAAGCUAUUGCUUGUAAAAGUUAUACAAAUAAUAAAAUAUGUACUGACUUUGCUUUUACUUAA